GGUGCAACCCGGACUGACAGGCUUCUCGGCCAAUCAGAAGGCGCCAUGGAAAUUGGCAGGUUGGCUCUGAUUGGAUGAGAUCACGGGAGGGGGGGUGCGGCAAAGUUUAGAGACGUUCCCAGAUACCAGAGUAGCAGCCAAACCGAAGACAUGUGUGGAAUCUUUGCCUAUCUCAACUACCAUGUACCAAGGACUCGCCGUGAGAUCCUUGAGAUCCUCCUCAAAGGUCUGCGACGUCUGGAGUACAGAGGCUAUGACUCAGCGGGUGUGGGGAUUGAUGGGGGCAACGGCAAGGACGGAAGUACCCAAUCUAUCCAAAUCAUCAAGCAACGUGGAAAAGUGAAGGCUCUCGAUGAUGAGAUCCACAAGCAGCAGGACAUGGACCUAGAUAUGGAGUUUGAUGUUCACGUCGGCAUCGCUCACACCCGCUGGGCCACCCAUGGUGCGCCAAGCCCCGUCAACAGCCAUCCACAUAGAUCUGACAAGACCAACGAGUUCAUUGUCAUUCACAACGGAAUCAUCACCAACUACAAAGACCUAAGGAAAUUCCUGGAGAGCAAAGGCUAUGAGUUUGAGUCAGAGACUGACACGGAGUCCAUCGCCAAACUGGUGAAGUACAUGUAUGACAACCGCGAGAAUGACGACCUCAGUUUUUCCGUACUGGUGGAACGGGUGAUCCAGCAGCUGGAGGGAGCUUUUGCCCUGGUCUUCAAGAGUGUCCACUACCCCGGAGAGGCAAUUGGCACAAGGAGGGGAAGUCCUCUGCUGAUGGGAGUGCGGAGUGAUCACAAGCUCUCCACUGAUCAUAUUCCUGUGCUCUACCGCUCCUCUGCUAAAGAAAAGAAGAGCUGCGGUGCUAUACCUAGGUCCGACCAGGACACCUGCUUGUUCCCUGUGGACGAGAAAGCUGUGGAGUACUACUUUGCUUCAGAUGCAAGCGCAGUGAUCGAGCACACAAAUCGGGUGAUCUUCCUGGAGGAUGACGAUGUGGCUGCCGUGAUGGAGGGCCGGCUGUCCAUCCACAGGAUCAAGCGCAGGGCUGGAGACUACCCAUCCCGGGCCAUCGAGUCCCUGCAGAUGGAGCUGCAGCAGAUCAUGAAGGGCAACUACAGCUCCUUCAUGCAGAAGGAGAUAUUUGAGCAGCCAGAGUCUGUGGUCAACACCAUGAGAGGGAGAGUUAACUUCGAUGAAAACACAGUGACACUUGGUGGACUGAAGGACCACAUCAAAGAGAUCCAGAGGUGUCGGCGACUUAUACUUAUUGCCUGCGGCACCAGCUACCAUGCUGGAGUAGCGACCCGUCAGAUCCUUGAGGAGCUAACCGAGCUGCCCGUCAUGAUUGAGCUGGCCAGUGACUUCUUGGAUAGGAACACACCUGUGUUCCGAGAUGAUGUCUGCUUUUUUAUCAGCCAGUCAGGGGAGACUGCUGACAGCCUCAUGGCCCUGCGCUACUGUAAGGAGAGAGGGGCUCUGACCGUUGGUGUCACCAACACAGUGGGCAGCUCCAUAUCCAGGGAGAGCGACUGUGGAGUCCACAUCAACGCUGGGCCUGAGAUCGGAGUAGCGAGCACCAAGGCCUACACCAGUCAGUUUGUGGCCCUCAUCAUGUUUGCCCUGCUGAUGUGCGAUGACAGGAUUUCAGUGCAGCCCAGACGACGUGAGAUAAUCCAGGCUCUGAAAGCUCUUCCAGAUCAGAUUAAAGAGGUCCUCGCGUUGGAUGAUGAGAUCCAGAAGUUGGCCGUGGAGUUGUAUCAGCAGAAGAGUGUCCUGAUCAUGGGCCGAGGCUACCAUUACGCUACCUGCCUGGAAGGAGCACUGAAAAUCAAGGAGAUCACAUACAUGCAUUCAGAGGGGAUCCUCGCUGGAGAGCUCAAACACGGCCCCCUGGCCCUGGUGGAUAAACUCAUGCCAGUCAUCAUGAUCAUCAUGAGAGACCACACUUACACCAAAUGUCAAAACGCCCUGCAGCAAGUCGUUGCCCGUCAGGGCCGUCCUAUUGUGAUCUGUGACAAAGAUGAUUACGAGACCAUCAAGAACUCCAGCCGCACCAUCAACGUGCCUCACUGUGUGGACUGCCUGCAGGGCAUCUUGAGCGUCAUACCUCUGCAGCUGCUGUCCUUCCACCUGGCUGUGCUCCGAGGUUUUGACGUGGACUGUCCAAGAAACCUGGCCAAGUCAGUGACAGUAGAGUGAAGUGCACCAUUCAUCACGUCACGACAGAAGCCUGGCAGACACGUACUCAGUGGAACGUACGGUGGGGGAGCGUGUGUUUGCAGGAACCA